AUGCCAGCGUUACCCUCCCUCUUGUUCUUGGUCCUCGGCCUGCAUGGCACCCUCCUAUGCCCACAGAGCUGCGACUGCCCACCAGGGAGUGGCGUGGUAUGGUGUAACCAGAAAGAUCUGGUGACAAUCCCUUUUGACAUCCCUCAUGACACCCGGGUACUUUAUUUAGACUCUAACUGGAUCACUCAUGUGCCAAAUGGUGCCUUCUAUGGCCUGAAGCAGCUCCGCGAGCUCCACCUUGCAGAUAAUCUAAUUGAGAACAUUGGCCUGGGGGCUUUCCAUGGCUUGGGUGGGGGGCUAAGACUCCUAGACCUUUCUGGCAAUCGGCUCCAGAGAGUGGAGUUUGCUCCGUUUGCCCUGUUGCCUUGGGUGAGACUGGAGCUCUAUGACAACCCCUGGCACUGUGAUUGCUCCCUGCAGAAACUGAUAGAGGCUCUUCCUUUGGAUGGUGAGACAGUGGAGGACAUUGUGUGCGUCACCACAGCAUGGGAGGAGUAUGCUGGUAAGACCUUAGCCCAUCUGCUCAACACCGGUGUCAACUUCUGUCUCAGCCAGCAGAGGAACACCGACCUGGCCAUGCUCCUCACCAUGUUUUGUUGGUUUGCCAUGAUCAUUACAUAUGUCAUCUGUUAUGUCCGGCAUAAUCAAGCUGAAUCCCGACAUCACUUAGAGUAUCUCAGAUCCCUACCCCUGCCCAGCCAACAGCCUAGCCCUGAGGAGGAGGGAGAAGACGACACGCUCAGCACCAUCCUCUGA